AUGAAGUUCUCUGCUGUCCUCGUUUCCACCCUCGCGGCCUUUGCGUCUGCCGCCCCUGCCAAGAAGGAGGAGCCUCGUGCCUCUAUCGAUGCCUCUCUCUUCAACAACUUUGCCUUCAACAGCCAGGACCUGCAAUACCUGAGCGUUGUCAACUCCCUUGACUUCAACGUGCUCCAGCAGCUCGCCACCGUCAACGGGUUGAACCUCAACAACUUCUCGGGCUUGUUCUCCAACAAUGCCUUUGACAUCAACAGCCUGAUCCAGCUCCAGCAGAUCCAGAACCUCAUCCAGCUCCAGCAGCUCGGUGUUCUGGGCGGAUUCGAUCUGAGCUCUUUUGCCUUGAACCAGGUCAACCUUGGCCUCAUCAACAACAUUGGCGGCGUCGACCUGGGCCAGUUCAUCGACGCCUCCUUGGUCCCCCAGAUCCAGACCAUCAUCCAGCAGCAAACUGUUGCCGUCGUCAAGGAAUAA